UGCCGCCAAAAAUCCACUCGCAGAACCUCAUCACCAUGCUGUUCGCCUAAGAGGUCCCAGACCUCAUUGCAGAGCUUGCCUGCAACUAGAGAGGCUCCCCUCAUGGAGGAGCCUCUGAAGGCUCUUUUUGGGGUAACGGAAGAGAGCCUUCUGAUAUCCCUGGUUGAGGGUCACUCCAACCCCACCUCCUCCAGCUCCUCCGAGUUGAGCUGUGCUAUCGUGGGGGAGGUGGUACACCAGCUUAACUCUGGCCUCUCAGUGGCCAUUCAGGCCAGCCCGGGGAGUUGCCCCCCUAUGGACAGUCAGGACAUAGCAGCAGGCAAGGAGGUCAUUCGGGUAGCCUCGGUUCAGAUCCUGGCCGAGCAACAGAGCCAAACAUCUGAGCCAGAGUGGGUAGGGUUUAUCGAGCCCCUCAUGGACCCUGUGACCGAUGAUGUGCUGGAGGCCAUUGUCGGCACAAUGGACAAAAUGGCACAGGACUUCAACAUCCUAUUGGAUCUGGCCAAGAAGAUGACAAUCUUGGGGUCUAAAUUUCUGACCAAUCUUCAAUGUGACCUAGAUGUUGAGUGUCCAUCUGGGAAGGAAGGGACCACUCACUUUCUCAAAGAGACUGGAUCCUCUACCAGUGUGGUGGCCAGAAAGAUUCAGACCCUCUCUAGCCCCGACUUUCAGUCUAAAGCCCUGAAGGCGGUGAGCACCAUCCUUACAAGGAAAGUCAGCAGCUCUUCUGGCAUGGCUCCUUCCUCUAGGCCUUCUAGUGCUGCUCUUAGCCUUACUGAAGUCCCGCUGAAUACCAGCUGCACAGCCCUGACAUCUGUAACCUCCACUGCCACAGUGAUUGUUAAGGCAUUUGUGGGAGGCAUGGAGACGAUAGCAUCAUUUGAAGACACAUGUGAAGCAGUUGAUUGGCCAGUUCCUGUAAAUGACCACAAAACAGGGUCUUCACAGAAGAUAACCUUCUCUCUAGCCGGUACACUCUAUGGCCGUAUACGAGCAAAGCUGAGGGACCUUUUAACUCUAGCCGCUCGAGAAGAAGGUGUGGCAAAGGAUGCUUCUCUUCGGGAGUCUUCAGACACCCUGGAAAAGGCAACUGUUUCAACUGUUGAGGUCCAGUUAGUUACCCAGCACCGAACACAGUAG